AUGGCGCUGGUGGACGAGCCCUGCUACGAUGCCAUCGUCAUCGGCGCCGGCAUCCAGGGCUCCUUCGCCGCCUACCACCUGGCUGAGCGGGGCAGGGCCACCCUCCUGCUGGAGCAGUUCCUCCUGCCCCACUCGCGGGGCAGCUCGCACGGGCAGAGCCGCAUCAUCCGCAGCGUGUACCCGCAGCAGCACUACGCCCGCAUGAUGCCCGAGAGCUACCGCCUCUGGCAGCGCCUCGAGGCCCGCGCUGGCACCCGCCUCUACAGGGGUCCCGGGGGGUCCCCCCAGAACACCCCGGAUGAAGACUUCAUCCUGGACCGGCACCCCAAGCACAGCAACAUCGUCAUCGGCGCCGGCUUCUCGGGCCACGGGUUCAAGCGGGUGGGGAAGCUGCUGUGCGAGCUGAGCCUGGGCGAGGAGCCGUCCUACAGCCUGGAGCCCUUCCGCAUCAGCCGCUUCCCCGGCGCGCUCCGCGCCGCGCUCUAGCUC